AUGGCGUUUCACGUUCCAAGAGGUGGUCUUCAGCAGAUGAUGAAAAAGGGAACCAGAUAUCUGGAAGGCAAAGAAGAAGUCGUCUUCGAUUCAAUUUCAACGAUCAGAGAGCUCGGCGACACUACCAAGACAGCAUACGGUCCCUUUGGAAUGAACAAAAUCGUCCAGAAUCACAUUGAGAAGCUCUUCUUGACUUCUGAUGCCGCAACAAUGAUCAAGGAGCUUGAUAUUCGACACCCGGCGGCGAAAAUGGUCGUCAUGGCUGCUCAUCAGCAGGAAGAAGAAUGCGGCGAUGGAACAAACGGAUGUGUGAUGCUGACCGCCUCGAUCCUCCACGAAGCCGAGUAUCUCCUCCGAAUGGGUUUGGCCGUCCCUGAGCUCGUCUCUGGCCUCCAAGCUGGUCUUCAGGCCGGCUUGAGCGAGAUCAACGGGCUCACCGUCCACACAGUCGAUUUACAACAGAUCAGAGACGUCAACGCAGUCAAAUACGCAAUCAAGGCUUCGCUCAUGUCAAAACAGCUCGGAAACGAAGAAUUCCUGUCAAACAUCAUCGCGGAAGCCUGCGUGAGCACGCUGCCUAAGGACGCCAUCAGAUUCAACGUCGACGACAUUCGAGUCUGCAAAAUCAUGGGCUCCAACCUCGAAGCAUCCAAGAUUAUUCCAGGCAUGGUCUUCAAACGAUACGUCGAAUCAGAGAUCCAGAAUGUCACUGAUGCCAAAGUUGCUAUGUUCAACUGUCCCCUUGACAACUUGCAGACAGAGACGAAAGGAACCGUUUUACUCAAAAACGCGGAGGAGCUCAAGAAUUUCACGAAGACCGAAGAGGCCCAGCUCUACAACGCAGUCAAGGCGAUUGCUGAGAGUGGCGCGAAAGUUCUCGUCUGUGGUGGAAAGAUUUCCGAUCUCGGCCUCGACUACGCCAAUAAGAUGGGACUCAUGACUGUCAGACUUAAUUCAAAGUGGGAUAUGCGACGAUUGGCCAAGUCUAUCGGAGCUACUGUGCUUCCUCGACUCACUCCUCCUUCAGCUGAUGAAAUGGGAUUCUGUGAUAAAGUCCGCGUUGAAGAAAUCGGAGACACCCGAGUAGUAAGCUUCCAGCGAUCGACCUCUCGAAUCGCCACAAUCGUCCUUCGAGCUGGAACUACCAACGUCCUUGACGAUCUCGAGCGAGCUGUCGACGAUGGUGUCAACAACUUCAAGCUUUUGACCAAAGACAAACGACUCGUUGCUGGAGCAGGAGCUUUUGAAGUUGAAUUGGCCAAAUGUUUAGAUGUUCACGCUGAAAAAUGUCUUGGAAUGGAGCAAUAUGGAAUCAAGCUUUUGGCGAAGGCGUACGAGUACCUCCCACGACAAUUGGCCGAGAACUGCGGUCAGAAUCCAUCCAAGGUCAUAUCUAGACUUAUGGCCGCUCACGCAGAAGUUGAAGGGUAUGCGCAAGAGUUCUCCGCUUCCGCUCAAUACGGAAUCGAGCAAAAAGCAUUCAAUCUUCCGGGAAGUGGCGCAAAAGUCCCAUCCACUCAAAAGGAAAUCGGCCAAAUGAUCGACUCGAUGAAACGUGUCGCCCAGUUAUACGGCAGCGCGGACAUGGCCAAGGCCGCCGACACUUUUGAAGACGGCUUUAAUAUGCACAAGUCCAAGAAACUCGUUGGCUCGACGAUUGGUGUCAAUAUUGAAAGCGAGGACCUUCAGGACGCCGCCAAGAACGGAAUUUUCGACCAUAUUCUCAUCAAGGAGUGGCAGCUCAAACUUGCUGUGAACACGGCGAUCACAAUCCUGCGAGUGAACCAGAUCAUCAUGGCGAAGCGCGCUGGCGGUCCCAAAGCUCCGUCUCAGCGAGGUGGCCACUGGGACGACGAUCACGACGAGGAGGACUAA